AGCAAACUCUAAGCUGACACACACAUGCGACACUGGAAAUGGCUGGUUGAGCCCUUACAUCACUCUGGGUGCUUUAACGCAGAUGUCGAUGCUGUGUCGAGAAAGGCACAGGGCGAGAACAGUGGAUGAUCGCGAGCAACACUCGCAUCUGAAGCAACCAAGACAGACAGAUGAUGCAGUGAGUUCAUGGGUAGGGUCAUGAUCUUUGCGUCUCCGUAGUACCAUGUCCGUAUGUUCUUCGUACGAAGUCGACUUUCAUUUCGUCGGUGAGACACUGCCGUGUCAUCGCGCGAAGCACACUCCUUGCUGUUGUACUGUUCGGCGCGUCCCACAGGACCUUUCGACUGUGGUACUCCAUCAGUCGCAGCUUCUCCCUUAUCGCUGCGGGAUCGUCGUGCAACUCCUCCAGAAUGGGCCGCAGCGCUGCUCGCGGGUCCUUUUCGAAGACAGAGCCGUUAAUUGCAUACGUGAAAUUCCUGUACGGCAUACAAAUGCACACAAAACAAACAUGCUCCGUCUCUCUUCUUCCUCUCUCUCUGUCCGUCACCUCCAGGGCACCUCGCACUGGAACGGCAUUGACCACCUGAAUUGGAUAAAGUAGCAUGAAGGCACACAUGGCCGAUGCAAACACAAACACGCAGGGCUAUGUACCUGUAGACUUUUUCGACGUCUGUGAUAAGCACGUUGAGAGUCUGCGUCCACACACCAUCGACGUAUCGGUUGCUGGUCACGUCAUCGCCGCGAAAGCAAAGAUUCAGCUUCGAGUUGCUCAGCCGAUGUAGAAAUGUGGCCGUCUGGAAGAACACGGGCUCGGUCUGCCGCUUUGUCGGAGGGGACCGUCCAUUGCACCGCUCGAAUUUGCCCAUCUUCACACCAAAGGCUUCCUUGUUCACACCACUCCUGCGUGGGCACUUAGGGAGUGUUUCCUCCCUCUCUUUGCCGUCAGCGUCCAGCACUGUGUACUUCCGUGAUGCAUCAGACGAAGUGACGAAGACGUUGGAGCUCGUGUUGGGUCUGAGUCGCCAGCCGACGAGGUGCUGCAUCCCCAGCCGGCGAAGGAGAUAUCCACCACGAGGGUCCACUUGCCCUACGUCAAUGAAAGCCAAGACAAAACGGGGUAAGAGGAACUGAUUGUGUCUUCUUCAAUCCCACCUUGGAAAAACAUAGUGUAAUCUCUCGCGAACCAGUCGCGCCGUGAGGGUGGAUCAAAUGCGCUGUCCAGCCGGUCGUCCUCAAAGACAUCGUCAGGCUCGAUGAAGCCGCGCUCUAGCAAGGUCUCCUUUUCGAACGGUUCGUAUGCCCUUUGAAUGAAUGUCAUUGCCGAGCUGCACACAAGCUCACACGCAGACAGCUCUAGCAGCACCGGUGCCGAGGGGGACUCGUCUGUCUGCUUACGUGAAUGGUGCAGCGACAGCACAUCCCCAGUGCGGAUGAUCUGCACAGAGGAAGAGACGUUUCCACGUACAUUUUCAUUUCCCUCGUCUCACUUACGCUGCUCUGCGAGCUGAGCCACAAAAGUGAUGUUCCCCACGAAUCUAUAUGCAGCGACAGACUGUAUGUAAAUGCGUGUACCCAAGUCUCGUCCACGUGAGUGAGGGACUACCUGUAGAACGGCAUUCCCAGCCCCUGUUUAAUGAACCAUGACAUUUUGUGCCGAAAGUCGUUCGACUGAACGAGAAGCAACAACAGAGAGACUCAUACAUCAUACAUCAAGCGUGUGCAGUGGCGGCUUUUCAGCGUACGCACCAAAGCUACAUGAUCCAAGCCGCCGUGCCUGCAUAUACAGAUAAGGACACUCAGACCCUCGUCCCCCUCUUUCGCCACCGGGUACCUAUGAAAGUAGGGCAGCGCUGUGAUCUGCAUGUGACACCAGAGUCUUAGCGCUGCCCAUGAUGUCACAUGUGCCUCAUGUGCCUGCCCCUGCUUACUUCAUUGACAGCUUGAGAAACCAGUGCACGACUCAUCUCUUUGGUAAUGCCUUCACACGCCUCUUCGAGCAAAAGGACUGCAAUGCACCAAGUGAAUCGGAUGGCAUUCUCUCGUCCAUUUUUGUGCGACACGUACCUGGAUAGAUGGGAAGGACAAAAACAAGCGCCUUCUCAGGAUCAUAUGUGCGCCAUGUGUCGUUCCACAGCUGGCUAAGCCAGAAGAUCUCACCUUGCAGAAACAGUAAGAGACCAAGUUCUGUUAUAUUCGCUGAUGCGUCGUUCCUUACCCGACUUGUGUUUGACCUUUGAAGACAGGCCCUCUGGCCAGUUGCCAUCCAGGAUUGUCCUCGCGGGCCCCUGACAUCUGUUGUAUAUCUGUUUCAGCGUCGGCGUCUCGUAGAUGUAAAACGGGACCUCCAGCCGACUCUCCAUGGCCUCCAAAUCAGCGAAGCGGUUCUCUUCGCCUUGUCCUGCUGUGAUCACUUCCCGAAAGACAGACUUGUGCAGAGAGCUGGGAUAGCCUGCCAGAAUGCUGUGGGCGAAGCCAUCAGGGCGAGACAGCAGCAGCAGGUGGGAAGAAAAACUUCCGAAAACAAUACCGAUAACGAAAGUCGCCACGAGAGGAAUGAGGAUGAGGGGCCUCGCGGCGCUCGAGUCGCUCGACAGGAUCGCCAUUGCUUUCUUCCUCUGUCCCCCCUACAUAUACAUAAACGGACGCACAGAUAGU